UCUCUCUCCCUCCCUCUCCCUCUCUCUGUCUCUCCGUCAGUCGGUGUGUCCUCAGAAUGAGGUUAGCAGCACCAGUAGCAACAGCAGCAGUAGAUCGAGACAGCAGAGCCACAGUCACUGCAGCAGCCAGGAGAGGCUGUUCUUCAGCUGUGCAGCAUCUACCGCUGCAUUCACCCCUGCCCUGAGAACGCAACACUCAUCCUUGUGCUCUCUCUGUGUCUCUCCCUCCUCCUCCUUCACCUUCUUUGAAUUCAUCUCGUGAAUUCGACUCUCUCUCUCUCUCUCUCUCUCUCUCUCUCUCUCUCUCUCUCUCUCCCCCUCUCUCUCUCUGUAGCAGUGAUGGGGAAGACCACCAUGUAGAGACAGAGAGGCAGCGGAGGCAACAGAAUAGCAGCAAUGGGAAGCCACACAUGGAGCGGGUCUGGACUGCAGCCGUGGUGAGCCUGAGACUAACAGGACUUGCAACCACCAUCAUUGCCCUUCUCAGGACCUGACCACUGGGGCUGUCCAACGCUCACCUGGAUGCUCCCCACUUGUGUUUCAUCAUCCCCUCCUCUCCUUGCUCUCUGCUGCUAUUUCUCCUCUUCUGUUUCUUCUCUUUGAUGGUUUUUAGUCUGCUGAUAUCUGACAGUCCUCUCCUGAAACAGAGAAGCUGCUCAUUGAUUUAUCCCCUUGGAUUUUUUUCCCCUUUUUAAUCUCUCUGUCUGCCUACUUCACCUACAAGUGGCAUUCUUUUUUUCCCCUUUUUUGGUUGUUGUUGCCUGCUUGAUACCUAUUUUGGAAUUUUUUGGAUGAGACUGAGCUCACCUCUCUCUUGUGCAAGCUUUUUGAUUGAUCUAUAAGCAAUAACAAACACUAAUCUAACUGACUUGACUAGCUGACAUCAUGGGGGACAUGUCCAACAGCGAUUUUUAUGCCAAGAACCAAAGAAACGAGGGCAACCAUGCGGCAGGCUUCGGCUGCUCGGUCAUGGAUCUGCGCUCGUUGAUGGAGCUGCGUGGCACAGAGGCGGUGGUCAAGCUCCAGGAGGACUACGGGGGCGUAGAGGGACUGUGCAAACGACUGAAAACCUCACCCACAGAAGGUCUUGCAGGUGCCCAGCCUGACCUGGACAAGAGAAAAGAAAUAUUUGGGAAAAACCUGAUACCUCCAAAGAAGCCAAAAACCUUCCUGCAGCUGGUAUGGGAGGCUCUGCAGGAUGUCACCCUCAUCAUCCUUGAGCUCGCCGCACUGAUCUCCCUCGGCCUUUCCUUCUACCACCCCCCUGGAGAGAGCGGCGGAGGAGAGUCCUGUGGCGCGGCAGGGGGCGGGGUGGAGGAUGAGGGCGAGGCAGAUGCUGGCUGGAUCGAAGGUGCAGCCAUCCUGUUGUCUGUGGUGUGUGUGGUGCUGGUUACGGCCUUCAAUGACUGGUCGAAGGAGAAGCAGUUCCGUGGGCUGCAGAACCGCAUCGAGCAGGAGCAGAAAUUCCAGGUGGUCCGUGGUAGUCAGGUCAUACAGCUGCCCGUGUCUGACAUAGCGGUGGGGGAUAUCGCACAGAUUAAAUACGGUGAUCUGCUUCCUGCUGAUGGAGUGUUGAUCCAGGGCAAUGACCUCAAGAUUGAUGAGUCAUCACUGACCGGAGAGUCCGACCACGUCAGGAAGUCUGCAGACAAGGACCCCAUGCUGUUAUCUGGGACUCAUGUGAUGGAGGGGUCAGGGCGCAUGGUGGUGACUGCUGUCGGUGUCAACUCCCAGACCGGAAUCAUCUUCACCCUGCUGGGGGCCGGCACAGAAGAAGAAGAGAAGAAAGAAAAGAAAGGAGGGGCAGUGGAAGACGGACACCAGAAUACAGACUGCUCCCAUCCCCCUAUCCACCCUAUCGCAACUAUAGCCACGGAUGGGGCUGCAGGCAUUAAUGCCCCUGGCAGUGCCAGCCUAAUUAAUGGUAAAAUGCAAGAUGGCAAUAUGGAGAGCAACCAGAUUAAAGUAAAGAAGCAGGAUGGAGCAGCUGCCAUGGAGAUGCAGCCUCUAAAGAGCGCUGAAGGCGGAGAGGCCGACGAAAAAGAGAGGAAGAAGGUGUCCACUUCGAAGAAAGAGAAAUCUGUGCUGCAAGGGAAGCUGACCAAACUGGCUGUCCAGAUUGGCAAAGCAGGUUUGCUCAUGUCGGCCAUCACUGUCAUCAUCCUGGUCCUGUAUUUUGCCAUUGACACCUUUGUGAUGCAGAAGCGCCCUUGGAUGCCAGAGUGCACUCCCAUCUACAUUCAGUACUUUGUCAAGUUCUUCAUCAUCGGUGUGACUGUGUUGGUGGUGGCCGUGCCAGAGGGGCUGCCUCUGGCUGUCACCAUUUCCCUGGCAUAUUCUGUCAAGAAAAUGAUGAAAGACAACAACCUGGUUCGUCACUUGGAUGCAUGUGAAACGAUGGGCAAUGCUACCGCUAUCUGCUCUGACAAGACAGGCACGCUAACGACCAACCGCAUGACGGCUGUGCAGUGUUACGUCGGGGAUGUGCACUACAAAGAAAUCCCGGAUCCUGGAGCCCUGCCACCCAAAUCACUGGAGUUACUGAUCAAUUCCAUCUCCAUCAACAGCGCCUAUACCACCAAGAUACUGCCCCCAGAUAAGGAAGGCGGUCUGCCAAAGCAGGUGGGCAACAAGACAGAGUGCGGCCUGCUGGGAUUGGUUUUGGACCUGAAGCGGGAUUACCAGCCAAUAAGAAACCAGAUCCCAGAGGAGAAGCUUUACAAAGUCUACACCUUCAACUCUGUCAGGAAGUCCAUGAGCACCGUCAUCAAAUUGCCUGAUGGGAGCUUCCGCAUGUAUAGCAAAGGAGCCUCUGAGAUCGUCCUCAAAAAAUGCAGCCAUAUUCUGAACGAGGUGGGAGAGUCGAGGGUUUUCCGUCCACGGGACAAGGACGAGAUGGUGAAGAAGGUGAUUGAGCCCAUGGCAUGUGAUGGCCUGAGGACCAUCUGUGUGGCAUACCGUGACUUCUCCAGUGAUCCUGAGCCAAACUGGGAAGAUGAGAACAACAUCCUUAGUGACCUCACAGCCAUCUGUGUCGUUGGGAUAGAGGACCCUGUCAGGCCAGAGGUGCCUGAUGCCAUCCAGAAGUGCCAGCGUGCAGGCAUCACGGUGCGCAUGGUGACGGGAGACAACAUAAACACAGCCAGGGCCAUAGCCAUCAAGUGUGGUAUCAUCCACCCUGGAGAAGACUUCCUCUGCAUUGACGGCAAAGAGUUCAACAGGAGGAUCCGCAAUGAGAAAGGAGAGGUGGAGCAAGAGCGAAUUGACAAGGUUUGGCCCAAACUCCGAGUUCUGGCCAGAUCCUCCCCAACCGACAAACACACACUCGUCAAAGGAAUUAUUGACAGCACUAUGGCAGAUCAGAGGCAGGUGGUGGCUGUGACUGGAGACGGGACCAAUGAUGGACCUGCUCUAAAGAAAGCUGAUGUUGGCUUCGCCAUGGGUAUUGCCGGUACAGAUGUGGCCAAGGAGGCAUCAGACAUCAUUCUGACUGAUGAUAACUUCAGCAGCAUCGUCAAGGCGGUAAUGUGGGGCCGAAACGUUUACGACAGCAUUUCCAAGUUCCUUCAGUUCCAGCUUACUGUCAACGUUGUGGCCGUCAUAGUGGCUUUCACUGGCGCCUGCAUCACACAGGACUCUCCCCUGAAGGCAGUGCAGAUGUUGUGGGUAAACCUGAUCAUGGAUACUUUUGCCUCCCUGGCCUUGGCAACAGAGCCUCCCACAGAGUCUCUGCUGAGGAGGAAGCCAUAUGGUCGCAACAAGCCUCUCAUCUCCAGCACCAUGACAAAGAACAUCCUCGGACACGGAGUCUAUCAGCUCGUUAUCAUCUUCACACUGCUCUUUGUUGGCGAACAAAUCUUUGACAUUGACAGCGGCCGUAACGCACCUCUCCACUCUCCUCCAUCUGAGCACUAUACCAUCAUCUUCAACACCUUCGUCAUGAUGCAGCUCUUUAACGAGAUAAAUGCUCGAAAAAUCCACGGAGAGCGAAACGUGUUUGAUGGUAUCUUCAGGAACCCCAUCUUCUGCUCUAUUGUUUUUGGCACCUUUGCUGUGCAGAUUGUGAUUGUGCAGUUUGGGGGGAAGCCAUUCAGCUGUCAACCUCUGGACCUGGAAAAGUGGAUGUGGUGUGUUUUCCUCGGGCUGGGAGAGCUCGUCUGGGGGCAGGUCAUUGCCACCAUACCCAAUAGCAGGUUGCGCUUCCUGCGGAGGGCUGGCCAGCUAACUCAGAAAGAUGAGUUACCAGAGGAGGAUGUAAACGAAGAAAAUGAGGAGAUCGACCACGCAGAGAGGGAGCUGAGGAGAGGGCAGAUACUGUGGUUCAGAGGACUCAACCGCAUUCAGACUCAGAUCCGCGUUGUGAAUGCAUUCCGUAGUUCCCUCUAUGAAGGCCUGGAAAAACCAGACUCCAGAACAUCCAUCCACAACUUCAUGACACACCCUGAGUUUAGGAUAGAAGACUCCACGCCCAACAUCCCCCUCAUCGACGACACGGAUGAAGAUUCUGCUCGGAGGAGGAGGAAGUACUCCAGCCAGCCCUCGUCCCCCAACAAGAACAACAACGCCAUCGACAGUGGCAUUAAUCUCACCAUCGACACCAGUAAAUCAGCCGCUUCCUCCAGCCCCGCCAGCCCUCUGCACAGCUUGGAGACCAGCCUCUAACCCUGAUCCUAACCUCAGUUCUAACCUCUAACCUCCUUCCCUUGCAAUCUGGGUGUGCCUCCUCCAAUUCCCUCCAGACCUAUAACUGCAACCUUAUACCUUGUCAACCCCGAAAAUUUCACCCAGUCCAGCUGAAUUCUUAUCCUCCAGCCUCCCCAAUUUACCACCUACACAGGACAGGUCCUGUGGCAACAUGUCCAUCUUUGCCCCUUAACCUUGAGCUCCUAAAGCUCCACUUUCCAAUCGACAUGGAGAAAAUCUAAAGUAAUACUGCAAGGUGAAAAGAAAAACAAACUGACAUACAAUCAAAAAAGCGCAACAAAGCCACAAAUCCUACACAGCCAUCCUGCUUUUAUGGUUGUAUGUGUAUGGUGGCGGCAGCGGUGGUGUGUAUGACUAUAUGUGUGUUAGCAUGUACUGUCUAAGCGUGCCGCUGAAUGCACAUAUGUAUAAACUGUGUCUUUAGUGGCACCAGGAGGAGGACAAUAAGGAGAGACACUGCUGUGGAGUAAAAAUUGCAAAACAGGACGGACUCUAAAACUCCCCUUACACUCCCUCUCCUCAACAAUAACAUUGUCAAUACUGAUGAUAGUUUAAAUUCAAUUGAAAAACAUUGUUAUUAUUCUGAUUCUGAUUCUGAUUAUUAUUGUUAUUAUUGUUGCUCCUGCAUGAAUGUACAUUACCCAAGUUUUAUUUAAAAGGGUUUUAAUUUUAUUGAAGUUCUUUCGUUCUGAUGGGCUAGGCCUCACGCUGAACUACUAAGUUAAAGACAGCUUCUCUGAGUUCCUGGCCUGCAAAGUUCCUUCCUCUGUGUGGCAUGAACAUGUACCCGACUGUAAAAAUUUAUUUCAUCCAUAAACGGAAACGUGUGACGAGGUGGUAGGGCUCAACUUGCACAGUAGUUUUGCACCUGUCAGAAAAGAGGAACACAAAGUAAUGUUGAUGAUGAUAGCAUUUAUGGGAUAUAUUCUAUAAAUAUAAAUUCAUAUAAAUAUAUUUAGAGAGAGUUUAUCUUUGUUUGUUGGCAUGUUGCCUUGUUCCUGCUUCAAUGGCUCAAAAUACUUUGACUUAUUUAUGUCUUAAAGAGAAUGUAAUUUGUUUACAACCUCGUAGAGAUAAACUUCCUGGUUUCUAGAAAGAGGGAGGCGAAGCUGAAACUCAGAAGGUCCAGAGCUGUGUUGGUGUGUUAUUACUGAAAAACCAUUUGCUGGAAUUUGCCUGCUAUCUUGUCAAAUAUUGUAGAUAUUUUUAGAGGAUGAACAAACAAAAAGAAACCAAAAUAUGGUGGGAUACAUAGUAAAUGUGGAAUCUUAGUAUUACUCUAUAUGAUUGUUGGGAUCAAUUUGGAGUGGCUUGCCUUUGGUUUUUCUAAACAGAGUCCUCCUUUUCGUGACAGAGGGGGAAUAUUUCAUUCUUUUUUUUCUCUACUACUUCUCUUUUUUUUUUUAUUGUGUUUUUUGUUUUUUUCUGUGCUUCAGCGCUGGCCUGAGCUCAGUGCUCAAGUCAAAGGCUGAUGUCAGGACCUUAACAGUGAACUGUCUUCUAGAUAAACCUUGCUUGUUCGAAGGACUUGAUGUUUUAAAAAUAUGUGUGACCAUCAAAUGGCUGCAAUCGAGUCAUAUUAGAAACUUACAAAGUUAUAUUUGGCUUAUCUGUACCGCACGGAAAUCAGACUUUUUGUUCUAUUUUGUUAAAAUUUGGAAUAUAUUGUGCUGUUAUUUUUUAUUUAAUUUUGAUUUAUUUUGGUUUAAAAGAGUUUCUUUUCCUCUAGCAGAGAGACACAUGCAAAAGCUGUUGGCAUUUUUAACAUCUGAAAAAAAUGGAAAAACUGACAAAAAAAAAAA